AUGAGCCGGCUUCAACACCCAACAUUAGGUACCAUCGAAGGCCUAGCCAGUGGAAAUGUCACGCAAUUCCUUGGUAUCAAGUAUGCUUCAUUAGAUCACAGAUUUGGGACACCAAAGCUGUACAAUGGCCAGGCAUCCUCAGGUCUUGUUAAUGCCAAAUCAGUGGGACCCGCUGCCAUUGGCAUUCCGAAUGGCUGUCAACUCGAGCAUGGCCUGAUCCAGCAUAGCCUACCAAUCCCCGACUUCCCGCCAGAGUCAGAUACUGAGUGUCUCAACCUCUCAGUCACCGUUCCAUGUGAUAGAGUAAGAGCAGGAAAGAAACUGCCCGUCUUUGUUUUCAUUCAUGGCGGUGGCUUGGCCUUUGGUUCUGGGACAUGGCCGCAAUAUGACCAAGCCAAGAUCGUUCGUCGGUCAGUCGAGUUGCAACUCCCCAUAAUUGGGGUGGUGAUCAAUUACCGUACAAAUAUAUUUGGUUUUCUGACUUCAGAGGAGUUACGCAAAGCAGGCUUCAAGGCCAACAAUGGUCUUCGGGACCAGAAGGUCGCAUUCGAGUGGGUUAGAGCGCACAUUGAAGGAUUUGGAGGUGAUCCCGAUCAAGUCACUGCUAUCGGGCAGAGCGCUGGAGGAGUAUCACUGGACGCUUAUGAACAGUUUUAUCAGGAGUUCUGCAAAGCACAAGGCUUUGGAGACAUCUCUGGAGAAGAGAGAAUACGGGCCAUCGAAGACCGAGACAGCCUCGAACUGCUUCUCAAAACGCCCCCUUCCGUACCUUCGCUCCCAGCAUUGGACCAUGACCUAUUGAAAGAGGAGAUCAGUUUCGAGAAAGCCAAGGACUGGUCAAAUGCACAACAACCCCGACUUCCUGGACUAGAAUGGUGCAAAGAAAUUGUCUUUGGCGAUUGUGAAUAUGAUGCUAGUGUGUUCUUGCGUCCCCUGACUGCACGGGGUUCGAACGUCGCGCAAGAGCUCUCGAACUCACUCAAUCGUGCCAUUCCAGGCAAGCAGCUAGCCAUCGCCGCCUUGCUUGACGAUUACGGUAUAUCUAAUGCUGUGGAUGACGGCUCAGCGUGCCUUGCAAUUUCACACCUCGCCAACGACCUCUCAUUCUAUCUUCCCUGCGAUGUAUUCGCACAAUUCUUCCCGGGAACAAAAUACAUUUAUCAUCUGAACGAACCCAAUCCAUGGGACGGCCCAUUCAGAGGAAAGGCUGCGCACGUUGUGGAUGCCACGUUUCUCUUCAAGAACUUUGACCAGUUCCUUCCCCCAUGGACAAAGGCAGUGGCACAGGGGUUCGGUGACAAUAUUAUCAAAUUUGUCGCUGGCCAAGUGCCAUGGCAGGCGAGCUUGAGCGACGAUCGUGUGGCAUUAGUAUAUGGAAAUGACGCUAGAGGCGGGGAAUUACGCAAGGACGAGCCGGAAGGUGUCGGUAGGCGGGCAGCCUUGUUUCGGUAUGAAGAGUCCAUCGGCUUUGACGCGCUUCUGGAGGCUGUCAGCGAGUUCGUGGCUGGGAAGUAG